AUGUAUUGUGCUAAGCUGAUUGCCUCGCUCUCUUUGCUAGCAUGUGCCAGUGCGCAGCUGCUAGAUAUCCCUGAAUUGGAUGAUAUAAUCAGUGAAGCUAUGCAGCCCUUUGAGCAGUAUACUUCCUUCGAUGCUCCCACGGAAAUUGCCUCUGCUGCUGCGGCCGUGGAGACGGAUGUGGAUGUAGCUCAAGAAGUUCUCACCGAAACAGCAGCUGCAGACACUGCAUACUGGCUAGCAGACAUUGCUCACCAGGGGAAGGCGGCUUUCAAUGUAAACCCUUCUACCUAUACAGUCUUCCGCAAUGUGAAAGAUUAUGGAGCCAAGGGUGAUGGAGUCACCGACGAUACUGCUGCCAUCAACGCAGCCAUAAGCGCUGGUGGUCGUUUUGGCCCAGCAGGCAGACAGACCUCGACUACAACACCCGCGAUUGUCUACUUUCCCUCUGGAACAUACAUAAUCUCCACAUCGAUUAUUGAUUACUAUUUUACCCAGCUUAUUGGUAAUGCGAAUGCCAUGCCGGUUCUAAAAGCAACUGCAGGUUUCACCGGGUUGGGCCUGAUUGAUGGUGACCAAUACCAAAGCGAUGGGAACCAGGGUUGGACAUCGACAAAUGUGUUCUUCAGACAGAUUCGAAAUUUGAAACUCGACUUGACUUCAAUCCCUGCUGGUACUGCUGCCACUGGUAUUCAUUGGCCGACUGGUCAAGCUACCAGUAUUCAGAAUGUUCAAAUCGCCAUGAGCCCGGCUUCUGGAACUCAACACCAGGGUAUCUUUAUUGAGAAUGGAUCUGGGGGGUUCUUGACCGAUGUCACCACCACUGGUGGUCUCUACGGAGCCAAUGUUGGAAAUCAGCAGUUCACGAUGAAGAACAUGAUCAUCCAAAAUGCAGUGACCGCAAUUUCCCAGAUCUGGGACUGGGGAUGGACAUACCAAGGUCUCACCAUCAUCAACUGCGGCACUGCCAUUUCAAUUAGCAAUGGUGGUGUUGGAAACCAACUAGUUGGCUCGGUAAUUGUCAUUGACAGCACUAUCCAAAACACCCCAACCUUCGUGACCACCGCUUGGCAAAGCUCAACCAAUUCUACCGGAAGUCUCAUUCUGGAAAAUAUCGUGCUGAACAAUGUCCCUGUUGCAGUUAAGGGCGCAAGCGGCACUGUUCUCGCUGGAACUACAGGCUCAACGACCAUCACUGCCUGGGGUCAAGGACACAAGUAUACUCCUAAUGGACCAACUAAUUUCCAGGGCGCUUUUACUCCACCAACACGCCCUAGUGCUUUGCUUGCUAGUGGGUCGACUAAGUACUAUUCCAAGACCAAGCCUCAAUACUCCCAGUCGCCAGUCGCUUCUUUUAUUAGCAUCAGAAGCUCUGGUGCUAAGGGAGAUGGCUCGACUGAUGAUACGACUGCCAUUCAAUCUGCCCUGACCUCUGCUGCGUCCUCCGGCAAGAUUCUCUUUUUCGAUCAGGGAACCUACAAGAUCACCAAGGCCCUUUACGUUCCCCCUGGCUCUAAGAUUGUCGGCGAAGCAUUCCCCGUCAUCAUGGCCAGCGGCAGUACAUGGUCAAGCAUUACCAACCCCGUUCCUGUGAUUCAAGUCGGCAAGUCCGGGGAAUCUGGCUCGGUGGAAUGGUCCGACAUGAUUCUCAGCACCCAAGGCUCAACGCCAGGCGCUAAGAUGGUCGAAUGGAACCUGGCUGCCACGUCAGGAUCUGGAAUGUGGGAUGUACACACUCGAAUUGGCGGCUUCAAGGGAUCUCAGCAACAGGUAGCCCAAUGUCCCACUUCAGCAGGUGUCUCUGCCGCUUGUGAGGCUGCUUAUAUGUCCAUGCAUAUCACCAGUGUUGCGAGUGGUGUUUACCUGGAGAAUGUCUGGCUCUGGACUGCUGACCACGAUCUUGAUACUGGGAAUGACAUUCAGAUCUCGGUUUAUACAGGACGUGGUUUGUUGGUGGAGGGCAAGAAUGUUUGGCUAUAUGGCACUGGCUCCGAACAUCACUCGCUAUAUCAAUAUCAGUUUUCGGGCGCAACUUCUAUCAUGGCUGGAUUUAUCCAGACAGAGACACCAUACUACCAACCAAGCCCCAAUGCUGCCAACAGUCCAUACCCUACCAACACAGCUCUCAAAGAUCCCACCUUUGGCUCGUGCCUUGGUGGAAACUGCAACGCUCUCGGUCUCCGGGUUCUGAACAGCAAGAGCGUCAUCGUAUACGGAGCCGGUCUGUACAGCUUCUUCAACAACUACAGCACCACAUGCUCCACAUUCCCCUUACCCGAGAAUUGCCAGAGCAUGAUCUUCAGUAUCGAGGGUUCUACCAGUGGAUUGGUGGUGUACGCACUCAGUACUGUUGGCACACAGUAUAUGAUUGUGAAGGAUGGUGUGGCAUUGGCCAAGGUUAGCGAUAACCUGGCUACGUACGCUGCCACCAUUGCAUACUUUACAUUGUAG